AUGGCUUCUUUAGUGAGUUCAAGUGCACGUAGGGAUCGCUCAUCGGCCAAGUACACUGCUCUGAAGGAUUUACGAUAUUCACCUCCUUCCGAAGUAUACACGCACGACAGAGAUCGGAACUGUGGUUCGCGGCUUCCGGCGUGCGUGAGGGCUGAGAGGCGGCUCAGCGUGGCGCGCGUGGAUCUCCUCGGCAAGGUGCAAGAUCGCGACUUCCUCGACGGGACUCGGCUGAGGCUCGCGGUGGCUCGGUCGGCGUGUUUCCGACGGGGACGGCCGCCGGCGAAGGAGCACGGCAGUUCACGGUGGUCGCGAUGGUGGUCGGAAAAAGGGACCUCGGCUGUGGAUCUCAACUCGCUCGCCCUUCCUCGACGGCGCUGCUCGCGGCGAGGCUUGGCUGAGGGCGUGGAACUCACGGCGGCGGCGACGUGUGGUGAACGGACGCCGGCGAGGCUGCUCGUGGACAGAGGUUCGGCGGCGGUGGUUGUUCGCUGCUGCCCGCGGCUGGGCUCUUGGCGAGGGCUGGGUCACACACAGUACGCCGGCGAAGGGCUCGCGAGGGCUUACUCACGGCGUGGCGUCGCUGGCAGGGCUCGUCAGCGAUUGAUGCCGGCGAUAAGGAGGAAGAGGGUAACGAGGGUUGUCGCCGGCGAAAGAUAUGAAGGUGUUGCUCGUGAAAACGCCGGACAAGAGGAUGGAGGGGUUUCCGAUGGGUUGAGGGGAGUGUUUUCGCUGAGUUAUGUGAUAAUCUCUGAUCCGAUAUUUCUGAUAAAUAAAAGGAUGAGGCGAGAUGCGUGUUCUCAGAUCUGCUCUCCAGAAGAAAACGUGUGA